AUGCUAUUACCAAUCGUCUCGCUGCAAGAACAAAAACUGCUGCAACAAGAAACUGUUCAGGUAUCAGUGAACACUCCCAGAAGUGCGGAACAGGAACGAGCUCUUAGUUCCGUGAACAGCCUAAUCGACGGCGUUGUGGAAAAAAUGCAAGAAGACAUGCAAGCUGGAAAAGAUGUGGGUUCAGUUUUUGAGACAUGCCGUCGCUAUCUCAAUGCUUGCAAUCCCGAUCAACCAGAUGGACCGAUCGAUCAGAGAUUCCAGGCACAGGUGGUUGGAUGUCAUUUUUCUUUGUUUGCUGAGUGUUUACUUAGCCGUGCACCACUAAAUAGAAAAAAUGACGACAGAACGGUUAACCUGGAAACUUUCCUGUGUAUUGUAGCUGAACCGUUCUAA